AUGAAAGGGAGGAGCGAGGACCCCGCUGGCUUCGGGUCUGGGCGCUCACCGGGGACAGGACCGGGACGCGCCUGGCGUUCCUGGUGGUUUGUGGUUAGCCCCUCAAACAACCAGCAGGGUUUUCCCGAGCAAACACAGCCGGCAGGCCGCCGGCACCGCUUCUCCCCGGGUGGGUCACACGGGGCCCCCUCGCCCACAGGUGUGCUCCCAAGACUGCGCUGCUGCCGGAACGGCGGCACCUGCGUGCUGGGCAGCUUCUGCGUGUGCCCUGCCCACUUCACGGGUCGCUACUGUGAGCACGACCAGAGGCGAAGCGACUGCGGGGCCCUCGUGCACGGGGCCUGGACCUUCCGAGGCUGCCGCCUCUGCCGGUGCAUCUUCGCCGCCCUACACUGCCUCCCUCGCCAGACGCAGGGCCGCUGUGACCUAAAAGACCUUCUCACCUCAUUUGCCAGUGGACCAAGUGCACAUGGGAGGCUGAGCCUUCUCCUGCUGCCCUCUGUCCUCCUGCAGUGCCUCAUCCAUGAGGGCUGAGAAUCCUAAGUGCACAGAAGCUCCCUCCCAGAACUGCAAAACCAAACCUUCAUUUCACACAGUGCAGGAGCUGCAAGUCCUAACAGGAGACCCAGGGCUGGACAUA